ACGUGGAUGUAACAGAAAUAUAUAAGGAACAAAGAUCCAGCAGCCUGCACUGUUUACCAUAGAGUGGACCUAGCCUAGUCAGUUCUCCCACUGGACCAGCAGUGAUUGUUUCACUUACCUCCACUCUGUACGUGGAUGCACUCCUCACCUGCUGACUACUUGUAGCUGUGAAAGCGCUGGAAACCGGACUCAGGAUCCAGAGCGAAGCCGGACAUGUAUGAGGUUCAGGCGGUAGCUGCCCCUUCCUCAUCCCCCUCCAACACCCCUUCCUCUCCGCCCUCAUCAUACUCCUCCUCACUAGCUGGGGACUCGGAGAUAGACGUGGAGAGCUUGGAAAUGGAAGGAGACAUUGAGCAGCCAGAUCCCAGUAGGACCGGGGAGCAGGCAGAAGAAGAAGACGAUGAGGAGGACCAGGAUGGUGGCAAGCAGCAGCAGAAGCCUACAGAGAAAGGAGGGGAGCAGAGGAAGCUGAGCAGGACCCCCAAAUGUGCCAGAUGUAGGAACCAUGGGGUGGUGUCCUGUCUGAAGGGCCACAAGCGUUUUUGUCGCUGGAGGGACUGUCAAUGUGCCAACUGUCUGCUGGUGGUGGAGAGGCAGCGAGUUAUGGCAGCGCAGGUGGCUCUCAGGAGACAACAGGCCACAGAGGAUAAAAAAGGUCUUACAGGAAAACAAAACAUAGCAGAAAGGAAAACAGUCUAUCAAAGGCAUAUUAGGACCCCAAGUUUACUGGCUAAAAGCAUUCUGGAAGGAUACAGACCAGUGCCUGCAGAUUCCUACAUGGUGCCCAGUUCCCAGCUGCCAGCCCCUGUCAGUGACAGGAUGAGGAAGAGACGAGCCUUUGCUGAUAAGGAGCUGGAGAACAUUAUGUUGGAGAGGGAAUACAAAGAGAGGGAGAUGCUGGAUGCCACACAAGCUUCCAGUAUGUUCCUACCUAACCGUAUGGCCCAUGCUGGUGAAUAUAAUGCCUUCAAAACUGCUUAUGGAACUCCACAGAUUGAUGGACCAAAUAAAGACUUCUGCAAUUUCUUGCCCACCUGCCUUGACCUAACCAUGCAGUAUUCGGGAACAGGGAAUGUAGAACUAAUAUCUUCAAACGUCAGCGUGGCCACAACAUACAGGCAAUAUCCCGUACCCUCAAGAUUCUUAGUUUGGCCAAAGAAUGGACCUAUUAGUGACGCUCUUCUAUACCAACAAUGCUUGUUAAACGCUACAGCCAUGCAAACUCUGAAACCCGGGUCAAACUGGGACUCCAAAACGAAUUCAGACAUGGAAUGCCAGCUACCAGAACAUCAUCAGGUUGCUCCAAAAAUGGAAAACCCAACUUUACAUCCUCAAAAUGAACUUCGUAAUGUGCCCCAAGAAAGCGGAGAAAGGUCUGCAUUUUCACCCCCUAAAAGGACCUUCUCUCAGUUCUCCAGCAAGGAACACUUGUCUCCUCCAGAUACUCUACUCAGUAAGAUCAGCAAAGACGCUACGAAGCAACCACUGUCCUUAAAGUACAGCCCUUUCCACUCAUUGUUUCAGCAGGCACAUCUUGAGAAGUCAUUGCCGGAGCUGAAACCCCCUUGUGUCAAAGAUCCUUAUGAAGAAUCCGCUAAGAAAUCUAAAGAAUGCGCAUCCAAGGAAAACCAGAAAUUCAAAUUCACUAUUGACAGAUACAACAAAGACUUUAUCUUGGCCAAGGAACCAAAGUUCUCAGUAAACGAACCCUUACCCUUUUCAGUAGAAUCCAUUCUAAAGAGGCCCUCAACCACAGUGUCUCGAUCAAGUCAUUGACUGGAAGCCACCAGCCAUAUUACUCAAGGGACACCAACGCAACUUUUUUGUGACCUUUUGGAACUCUCUCUCUCUAUAUAUGCAUUUUGCAUGUCACUUAUCUAUUGUAUAAAUUCUAUUUAAUUGUAAAAAACUAUGAUCUGCAUAUGUGAAUUGUAAAAUAUGUAACUAUAAUAUAUAAGUAUAAUGAAAUAAAAUGUUAAAAUACA